AUGGUCAACGGGGAAGAAGUGAAAACAAUACUAGCCAGCCUGGCACCAAUCGCCGAGCUCGCCGAAACUGGGGAAUACUUCAAAAUACCCGAAGAUACCGGCGAAGAUGAUCUCCUUAUCAAUGCUGGGGUUGGGAUUUCAAGAAACCGGGUGAUCCAAAUUGUAUCACUUAUGAUUUUCUGGAGGUGCAGCCGUCUGUUCUGCUGUUGCUGA